AUGCCCGGCGUUGCGGUUUGCCCAAGCACGCGGUGGAGCGAAUUUCCUUUCUCGCAAGAGCACGAACGUUCGUUGAAGAGGUUUUUGCUCCCUCGUGAAAAGUAUAGGCGGUACGGCUAUCGGACCGGAAAGUUUAGCGAGGAGGAGCUUUUGCACAAGCAUGAAGCGUACUGUAAAAGAUGCGAUGCAUUUGCUCUAAAGCCUGAUGGCUCAUUAGCUUACAAGCAGCAACUGCAAUGUCGGAUACAUCCUGGGAAAAAACAACAACAGGAUCAGAUCUGGAGCUGCUGCCGCACGACGACUAUCGAAUAUCCUGGUCAGCCCAGCGGCUGCCGCGUAUUUUCCAGGCAUGACUGGACUACCAACUCAGCUUUACCCCAAAAGUUCUGGGACUUGCAUUAUACCCCCCAAUUCAAACCAUCCGGUCAAAGAAAGCGAGCCCGAAAAGCUGUCUCAUUAGAUUGCGAAAUGGCCACGAAUAGAUUCGACCAUCCCGAGCUAAUCAAGCUAACCCUGAUCGAUUUUUUCACCAAGGAAGUCCUUAUCGACGACAUAGUAAAGCCUCUGGUGAAGAUCAAGAAUAUGAUUACUCAUAUCCACGGAAUCACCUACAAGGAUAUCAUCUCAGCUUCGAACGCUUCAACAGCAAUACUAGGCCGCGAUGCAGCGAGACAAAAGAUUUUUGAGUUUGUAGGACCAGAAACCAUGGUUUUCGUUCAUGGAGGGACGAACGACUUCUUGUGCCUAAGAUGGUUGCACCCAGCUAUCGUAGAUACGCAGGAGAUAGAAAGUCGAGUAAAGAGAAUCGGUGAUGAUGAGCUGGAUGGCUGGCUGGACGAUGAAGGUACAGGCUUAGAAGCUAUGUGCCGACUGAUAACUGGUAUACAGAUUAGAUCUGGGAGGACGAAGUACGGAAACGGGGUCCAUGACAGCUUGGAGGACGCGAUGGCCUGUCGAGAGCUGGGGAUUUGGUACGCGGGUAACUUGAAGGGGGAAGUUGGUGUGGAGGAUGCGAAAGGAGAGGUAAACGUACAGCAAGCUCCGACAGCGAUUCCAGCAGAAUCCAUGCCGAACCGUCUAGAGACCGACCCGCCAGAGACCGACCCGCCAGAACCAAUCACCAGCCUAUCACCACUUGUCAAAGAGGGCCUGCAGUUCUGGGACUGCAAAGUUUGCAAUCUAAAGGUGCCAAAGGUUGCCGAACAAGUCCAUAGAACGGAGCCAUCCCACCUUGCGACACUGCUUAUGCUCGUGCAGCAGAAGGGAGGAUAA